AUGAGAGUUCAUAAUUCUCGUGAUGUAUCUCGUAAAAGAAGAAAAGCGAUUUGUCAAUGUUUAAAAGAAAAAUUCAAGAUCUACUGCGAGAAUACGACGCUACAUGGAUUCCGUUACGUGACGGUUCAUCAAUCAACAAUAAUUGAAAGCGUGCUUUGGUUGUUGGUUUGCAUAAUGAGCAUUAUUUUUUCUAUCAUCCUGAUGAUGAGACUUUGGCAUAAUUAUGAUGCUAAUCCAACAUCCACUGUCAUAAGUACAAAUAAACCUAUAUGGAGCAUAUAUUUUCCUGCUGUUACUAUUUGUAAUAACAACAAAGUUUAUAAUCCUCAUGCGAAAAUUUUCGGAAAUAUAUUAUCUAAACACGGUAUAAACCAUAGUCAAAGUGAAAAGUUGUUCAUUUCGUUAAUGAAACUGACGCGUCCAGAUAAAAUUGACGUCGACAAUUUAACAGCGACACGAGCACUUGAAGUUCUUGGAUUUACAGUUGACAGGCUCAUGUAUGAGUUGAUGCAACCCUGUAAAUCAAUGCUGUUGAGGUGCGCUUGGCUUGGACAAAAACUUAAUUGCAGUGAUAUUUUCAAGGCUGUUAAAUCCAGAGAAGGCUAUUGUUGUGCCUUUAAUUAUCAUUAUUAUUUGGACCGAUUAUAUGGGCGAUACCGAAAAACGAGUACCAGGACUGCUUUCAAAAGUGGAAAGGGCGUUGGGAGCGUGUUAUUCAAUCAAAUGGGGACUACUUUAAAGGAUGUCAUAAGCCAGACGACCAAGAGUAACUUCGGGGGAGAAAUAUGGAGAUACGAUAAUUACGACUUAAAAAAUACAUCUGAAGAUAGCGAUCGCUCUAACAUACCAUCAGAUGAGUUACCAGGAAUUGGAGAGAUUCAGAAAGUUCCUGGAUCAGGGCGCGAUGUAGGUUUAGCAGUAGCCUUGAAUAUCGAAGCUGAACAUUACAAGAGUUCUAAUACCCCUUUCGCGGGUGCCACCGUGUUAAUUCACGAUCCACACGAUUAUCCGGAUAUUGGGAUUCAUUCGAUUACUGUAUUGCCAGGACAUACCAUAGGGGUUGGUAUUUCUGGUACGACGACGAAAAGCUCCAAUAAUUUACGUCAGCUUCCUUUAAUAAAACGCAUGUGUUUCUUUGAAAACGAGGUCUCUAAUACUUUAUAUAUAUUAAUUGUGAAGGGUUUGAAAAAUUAUAGCUUUCAAUCUUGCGUUUCCAAUUGUAUCUAUAUGCGCGUGCAUAAAUAUUGCGGUUGCUUGCCAUUUUAUUACCCGAAUGAAAAUAGUAGGACUUGCUUUCUUACGGACAUAGAUUGUAUUUUGAAUCAUCGAAGAACUCUUUCGACGUAUGAAACAUCGUUUAACAGCGAAUGCAAUUGCUUGCCACAAUGUACUGAUACGUUUUACGAUGUCACAUCGGAGAGUAUACCCGUUCAAGAUGUCGGAUACAAUUCUGAAAUAACAUUCGUCGCAUUUGCUUGCAGUCAUAACAUAAACAACAAAAAUGCUUCCUUUGUUUACGUUUUCUUUCGCAAGAUUUCAUACAUCGAAUAUCGUACGCAAAAUAUUUUAAGCUGGGACACACUCCUCGCAUCCUUCGGCGGUAUUUUUGGACUUUGUCUCGGCGGUUCGGUCAUAAGUUUGGUCGAAUUACUUUACUACAUUACUCGUGAGAUUUUUUAUCGUCCUAAAGGAGGAUCAACAUCAACAUCACCAUCACCGAAGAAGAACUUGCCAGCUGCCUCGGAACUCUUCCUAUCGGCUCCGCUGAAGGAUCCCAAAUGGAAGAAAUUGAAUACUAAACGCGAAAUGAACGAUGACGAGGGACCGGUUUAUGUGCUUGCAAAUCGAAUGUUUAUUCGUCAAAAAGAGAAUGAUGAUAACAAUGAAACUUCUAUUAAUAAUAAAAAUAAUAAUAUUAAUAAAGUUAUGUCAAAGAAAGUGAAGUUUCAACGAUAUUACGAUUAA